GAGCUGGAGGACUGUUCCCCCUCUCGCCUAAGAUGGCGGCAGAGGCGGAAGUCCGCUCUAGCCCGGAAGUCGUCCGGUAUCUAUCAUUCGCAGUCAGUGGGGAGAGACGGAAACCCUGGCAAUGGCGGGGGCUUAGCAGGAGGCGGAGGCCUGAGUGAUCUUCGUUUGAUUGCACCAAAGGGAAGAAAACACAGGACUACCGAGAAGAUUGACAGCUAGUUUGGACAAAGAUUCAAUAUUUUACAUCACUAUCUAGUAAAUUACUUGAGUAUGUCCUGAAUUCCCAGACAGGAAUCAGCAAAACAGCUUUUUGCAUGAUAACAAUGGAUGAGGAGAGUCUGGAAACAGCAAUUCAAACCUACAAAGCACAAUUGCAGCAAGUGGAGCUGGCUUUAGGGGUGGGAUCGGAUCCAUCACAGCUAUCUGAUUUGAUCCAACUGCAGGAGGAUUUGAAACAAUUGAUAGAACUGACUGAAUCCAGCCUGGUGUCAGUGAAAAAGAGUAAACUACUGGCCACUUUAGACACAGAUGCACCCUCCGUUUCUCCAGCAGGUCACCUAAAACAGGACAGUAAUUCAGGCAGGUCCUGCAAUGAUGAGGAGUAUGCUGCUUUUAAGGAAGCUAUUGCUGAACUCAAGCCAUUGAGUACUAAAGACGAGGCCUCCCCAAAGGAAGAUGGAGAGGCUGAUGGGGAAAAUGAAUCAAAGUACAGUGAAGAGGAGGAAGCAUCUGAGGAAGAGGAGGAGGAAGUGAGUGGGAUGAAGGUUAAAGCCCCGUACUACAGUCCAUGGGGUACCCUGGAGUACCAUAAUGCCAUGAUUGUGGGGACAGAGUGUUUGGAAGAUGGCAGUGCAGGAGUCCGAGUGCUGUAUCUCUACCCAACUCACAAGUCCUUGAAGCCUUGUCCAUUCUUCUUGGAUGGCAAAUGCAGAUUUAAAGAGAAUUGUCGGUUUUCCCAUGGGCAAGUGGUAUCUGUGGACGAGCUUCAUCCAUUUCAGGAGCCCAAUCUCGGCUCUCUAGAAGUGGGUUCAGCCUGCUUGGCGAAACACCAUGAUGGAAUAUGGUAUGCUGCAAAAAUCACGGACGUUGACAGUGGUUACUACACAGUGAAGUUUGAGUCAUUGCUGCUGAAGGAGGCUGUCGUGGAGGGAGAUGGCAUCAUGCCACCACUGCGAAGCGAGGAAGACUCUUCCUCUCCCGAGUCUGAGGAAGACAACGUGGAUGACUCUGGCUAUGCUAAAGUGAUCGAUUCAGGGCCCUUGGAGAAUGGGGAAGGGGCUCCAGCUUGCAGUUCCUCCUUUGGUGGCUGGGAGGCCCAUACUCGUGGCAUCGGCUCCAAACUACUCGCUCAAAUGGGAUAUGAGUUUGGAAAAGGUUUGGGGAAGAACGCUGAGGGCCGAGUGGAGCCAGUGCAAGCCAUAGUGCUGCCUAAAGGGAAGUCCCUUGACCAAUGUGCUGAGAUUCUUCAGAAGAAGCAGCUGGAUCCAGCUAAGUCAAGGAAACGGCGAGUGAAGGCAAACCAUGCUGGCCGUCCUUCUGCAGGGAGCCGCAAGCCCCCCCGCAAUGUCUUUGACUUUCUGAAUGAGAAGCUUCAGGGGAAGGGCUCUGGGGAGCAGGAUGGAGGAAUGACACCAGUGGAGAGAAACAACAAGGAGAUCUACCACGCCAGUAAGAGCACCAAGAAGGCCCUCAGUGUCCGCCUCUUCCAGACAAUGGAGAAGAUUGACCAAAUGCAGAAGACCAUCAGGGGAAUCCAGGAGGCCCUGGCACGCAAUGUUGGACGGCACAGUAUUGCCACAGCCCAGCUGGAGGAGAAACUAGCUGGUGCCCACAGGCAGCUGGGGCAGCUGCGAGCCCAGGAGGCCAGCCUGCAGCAGGAGCAGAAGAAAGCCGAGACACACAAGAAAAUGACUGAGUUCUAGUCUCCAAGGACAGGUGUUGAUGUUAUGUACUGGUUUUCAUUAUGUCUGAGCCAGCACUCAGUGCGUUGGAACCGGGAUGAGCUGUGCCAUCACCUCUGGGUCUUGGGCAACCCAGCUGUGAAACUGGGGUGAAAAGCAGCCGUUCUCCAUAAAAACAGAUGCUGUCUGAGCGGAGCAUUCCUGGGGGCGGGGGGGAGCGAGUACUUGUUCACUCCUGAAGGUGUUCAGAAGACCCAAGCUGCUUACAUUGACCUGCUAUACAAAAAGGCCCCUGCACCUUGCUUUUGUUCCCUUUUCCCAGUUAUCACCAUGGUAGUUCUCUCCAUCCAGAGAGUCUGUAGCCACCCAGGUGAUACCAUGGUUGUUCACAGAUCAGCUGGUGGGAAGAGCCAGGGGAGCCUCUGGCCUGUCACACUGCCUUGGAGACUCAGUGCGUUGUGUGUCUGCGUGUUUAUCCGCUAGGCUGGGAACUGAGUCCCAAACACAUUCCAGCACUGCAGAAAAGACGAUCUGGUUUUGGUGAAAACCAGGGCAGGUCACUUCAGCUAUCAGCGUCCCUCUGUCCUUGGCUCUGGGCAUCACUCAGGGACACAGGAGUCAAUGCUGGGUUUGUCACUACUAGUUCUGAUGUUGCUGUGAUAUUUAGAGUAGCUCUUUAAAGCGCCAGCACACUGAACAGAAAGAGAAGAGAUCUCCAGGCCUUGCACUAUUGCCAGCUGACUGCAAAAGUAUGACUGGGUCCCAACCUUGUACAAAAGGUUUAGGCUUCCCUGUUAAGUCAGCCUGCAUGCUAAUGGUGACGAUAUGGUAUGCUGCCCCAUUCCAUAUCACAGCACUGAGGGCCAGAGUUAGGGGAAUGUGGUAACCACAUAAACAGCUAAGUACAUAACAGGUCAGCUACAGACCUGCUGGCCAGGAACAAUACUACAGUCAGCCUUUUGCUUUCACUCUGGCUGCUUUGAGACUUUCUGUUCUAGAUAUCUAUGUGAACAAGUAGGUUCUCCUUGUUAUGAAACACCGCAGAACCGUACAAAACGACCCGAGGUCCAGGUGUACCCACCACACACAGAUAUCCCUGUGAAAGAGCUCAUGCAAUCCUGGAGGCAGGAAAGCUGAGCAGACUCUCCUGCCCUGCAGUGGGUACAGACAAUCUCAGGCAGUUGAAAAUCCCCCAGACAGGUUCUGUCCGUGGUGGCCAUUUCUUGCUGUAGAGGAGGUGUUGAUUCUGUCAGGCACUCUGUGUUAGGCAGUGGCCUAUACAUUUGAGUAUUGUUCUGUGCAUCUUUAUUUUCUGAUUCUGUAAUUUUUGCAGGUGUCUUGAGAAAACUACUUUUUUUUUUUAAGUUAAAAUAUAUCUGACCCCUUUUAUCUUAGAAGAGACUUGUUUUGCCUUUUUAUCUCCACCUCUCAGAUGCCUUUGAAGGAUUACAGAGCUGUCAACCUCAAGGGUAACAGUCACAAGAGCGGGAGACAGUGCUUCCUUGGCUACAGGUCAGGGCAAUUGAAUUCACUGCCAGGGUGAUUAAAAUGACCACAGCUUUCACAGCCUCAGACCGAGGUGUGGAAGUUCUCCCCUGUGAUUUUAAGAGUAGCAAAGGAGACAGAAAAGGAAGUGAAGGCAAGAAUGAGAGAGAAAAAAUACAUUUAAAAAAAACCCGCUAAAUUCUUGGCUACUU